AUGGAUGUUACUAAACUGUUUAACGAGGAAACCAGGGACUUGAUGAGUAAAUAUGCCAUAGCGAUGGGGGUCACCCCCGAAGAGCUAUAUGGAGCAUUUCUGGGUGCGAUGCAGCCCCUUAUCAACAAAUCAAUCCAGAUUGGCGAUCGGGAUAUAAAAAACGAUGUAAACGUCGUUGUUGUCGACACCAGUGGGAAUGCCGGCAAGUGUGCCCGCCGACUGCAGGGGAUCCACAAUCAGCUGCUUGAUCCACAAGAGGCUAAGCGACUGGUAGAAGAGGAUAGCAAAAGAGUGGAGUGCGAUCCUGUAACCGGGAAGCAGAGAGCCAAUCUGGAUGAGAACACGACGAACGGGUUGUUCGUCUUAAAGGCCGAGGACGUGUAUGGCGCAUUGCAAAACAAAACACCGCUGGGCCAUAACUAUACGUUCAUCGGCAACGCGCCUGGUACAUUUAAAGUGCAGCCGCGCAAUUCCGAAAAAACAACAGGAGGAGGAUGCCAAGGCAUUAUGAAGCUGCAUGACAGCAAUCUGUUAGCUAAUAUAAAAACUCUUUGA